UGGCGUCGAUAACAGUCAUGAACAAAAUGUUAGGCUGGCCGUCAACAGAAUAACAGCAGCUUCCUAAAUCGAAUUUCGCGUCUCACACUGCAUCGCACCUUCCUAGAAGAAAUCCGUCACUCAAACCAAAGGCAUCACAUUCUAGUCUCUUGUCCAAUCAAUACAUCAACCUCAGCGGGCCUGCACACAACACAAAGAUGAACGAGGAGACUCAUGGAUUACUCAAGCGUCUUCAGGGCCAGGAUCUAGCCACCCUCUGGAUCAAUUCUACGACUGACGAUGUCGCUGAAAUCGAGGCCACUCUGCGCGCCUACCGCCGCCUACUGAGACUACUGGAUCAGCACGUUGAUGAUGCUCCACAGACAAAGAUGAUCGAAGGUGCCGCUCACACCGAUAACUGCGCGCGACACGAGCCCCUACAACUUCAGGCCUUGAAUGAGCCUAUUCUUCGCGAGACUGGCGAUGUCCACCAACCAGGAUUGGCUUACGAAAAGGUCAACGCUACAUCAUUGAUCGUGUCGCUGUUCGCACCCGCCGCUAGAAACCCCUUGCCUGUCAUCGCCACAUCUGCGGAACCGCUUCACCAACAUCCCGGCUUGCCCGUGGUCCGUCUUCCUCGCUGUGCUCCGUUUCGAAACGGCAGCAUGUCCAGAUUUAGCUCGACGAAGAACAAAUUAAGUCGCUCUGUUGUUUGCCUUCCAUCUCCUGUCCCUGCCCAAAUCACCUCGAAGCCUUCCGAAGAUCAUCUGUUGGGUUUCUGUUCUCCACUACUGAAGCGGGCAACUAUGACUCGGGGAGAUGAUGUUCAAGCAACGCUUGACCAAGAAGCACUGACGCGAGACAACGAGAAGGUGCUUUGGAAGGCACGUGAGGUGGCAGCCAAAUCAGAGAUACUUUGUCUCAAGGGGACUCUUGAGCUGAAGAUGAAGACAAUUGCAUGCCGCGUCUCGCCCGAGAAGAAUACAGCUUGCGAUCAGAUUCAUUCUACGCUCAAAUCAUCCGCCAGUCUGCCUGCUGGCAGACCAAGCCCACAAGCAUCUGUCGAAAUGCUAGGCAGCAGUUUGGAACCCGUGCCGGAGCACCCAAGAUCCGUAGCAUCGUCCCAGACUUCGAGCAGCCCCAAGCUUGACAGCCACGUUCUUGCCGGGCCAGAAGUCUCUUGGUCGUCUAUCUGGAUUCCACGCGAUCGUGCAAACUUCGGUUCUGCGACCAGCGCAACCGCCACGAGCUGUCUCAUGCCAGUCAAAGAGUCCACUGCUGAGCCGAGCGUUUGCGAUGUGCCAUCUCCUUUUGCCAAGUCUGUUUCUGAAUGUCCAGGAUCCUUGAGGGAUCGGACCGUUACUUCGACAUCGUUGUUCAGUCCGGUCGCCGAUAGCAAGAUAAUCAAGCUUCAGUCCCGUGGUCCGCGUGAGCUGUGUCCUGACUCACCCUCUACACCCCCAUACAUCGAGAACAUGUCCACGGACAAAUGGAAUGAGGAUUGUAUUGUCUGUCACUGUACUGGAUGGACCUCCGAGAUCUACCGAAUGGCUUGUGGACAUCAUUACUGCUACAAGUGUGUCAAUUACUGUUUUGACUUCGCUCUACGAGACGAGAGUAUGUGGCCUCCACAAUGCUGCGGAAAACUCUGGCCUAAUUGUUCGGAGCUGAAAGAUGUUCUUGAAGCUGACACCUACGAUCGCGUUGCACUAAAGACCAUGAAGUUGGCAGUGCCGAUGAGUCAGAGGGAUACAUGUGUCGGUUGUUCGUCACAGAUACCAGAUGGUUACGUCACCGACGAAAAGGAGCCACUGUGUACAGAGUGUGAUGGAACAACAUGUAUUGGAUGUAAGGCACCUAUGCACGACGGAGCAUGUGUGGCGGACAACAGCGGACUUGAGCUCUUCUAGGCGCUUGCAAAACAUGAAAGGCUAGAGGAGACGAUACGACAAUGGAUGGUAGUCGAACCUCAGCAGAUAAUGUAGCUUCACGGAUUCAAAGAUGUUUCACUCCAUAGCCCAGAGUAUGUUUAUGGACCGCUCAAUAGCUGAUCUCUCUCGCUGGACGUUUUAUGAGACUCGUCGAACAUCUCCUGGUUCGCCCUAAUUUUGCAUCACCUUCCCUGCCUCCAUCGCUCAUGCCAAUCUCAUCUUCGCUUGCCUUGUGAUAG